GGCCCCGCCCCCGCUCCGCUUUCUCCGGGUCCCCAGCGCGAGCUGCAGCGGCGGCCGUGGUCACCCGCGCCGAGCAUCUAGUGAGGAUCGGACGAGGCGGGCUGCCCGGCAGCCUGCGCGACACCCUCCGCCCCGCGCGUCCAGCUGGCGACGGACACCAGAACCCAGGUCGGAGGUCGCGGCCGCUCCGGCGAGAGCCCACUCUGUGCUGCUGGCCACCCGUGAGCAUCCAACGAGAUGAGCGCCUGUGGGAGGAAGGCCCUGACCCUGUUGAGCAGCGUCUUCGCCGUAUGUGGUCUGGGCCUCCUGGGCAUUGCUGUCAGCACUGACUACUGGCUCUACCUGGAGGAGGGAGUAGUCCUGCCUCAGAACCAGAGCACCGAGGUCAGGAUGUCCCUGCACUCAGGCCUCUGGCGGGUCUGCUUCCUGGCAGGUAAAGGUGAGGAACGAGGACGCUGCUUCACCAUAGAGUACGUGAUGCCCAUGAACUCCCAGCUGACGUCGGAGUCCACGGUCAAUGUUCUAAAAAUGAUUCGCUCGGCCACGCCAUUCCCUCUGGUCAGCCUCUUCUUCAUGUUCAUCGGGUUUAUUCUGAGCAAUAUAGGACACAUCCGUCCGCACCGGACAAUCCUGGCCUUUGUUUCUGGCAUCUUCUUUAUCCUCUCGGGCCUCUCUCUCGUGGUGGGCCUGGUCCUCUACAUCUCCAGCAUCAACGAUGAGAUGCUCAACAGGACCAAGGAUGCAGAGACCUACUUCAACUACAGAUAUGGAUGGUCAUUUGCCUUUGCUGCCAUCUCCUUCCUUUUAACAGAGAGUGCAGGCGUGAUGUCAGUGUACCUGUUCAUGAAGAGGUACACGGCCGAGGACAUGUACAGGCCUCAUCCUGGCUUCUACCGUCCACGUCUGAGCAACUGCUCUGAUUACUCGGGCCAGUUCCUGCACCCGGACGCCUGGAUCCGAGGCCGCAGUCCCUCGGACAUAUCCAGUGAUGCCUCCCUGCAGAUGAACAGCAACUACCCAGCCUUGCUCAAGUGCCCUGACUAUGACCAGAUGUCUUCUUCUCCCUGCUGAACCCUCCCAACACCCCCAGCUGGGACUGAGGACAGCCUAGAACCCCUUCCCUUCUGCCCUGCUGGGCCCUGAGCCCCGGGCCAUCUCCUGCUUAGCCAUGGUUACUUCACCUUGUUUUUCCCCUGCUUUUCCCAAAGCAGCUCUAGGUCGCACCCUGUUGGAGCCUAGAGCCAAGGAGCACACUGAUUGGCCAAAACAUGGUAAAGACCCGCCUCUGGAGUGCCAAUCCAGCAGUGGCUCUGGGAAGCCUGCACCUCCACACCAGGAGGAAACCUUGUCCCGGUUGAUUGUUUCUGAAUUCCCAUUUUGACAGUCCCAGCCAAGACCACCUCUGAGAUGCCAAGUUCCUGACACAGACACAGCCAGGCACGGCUGCCUGCCAAGUGGCCUGGUCCUCAUGUUCAUGAUCCAGGCGGUGAGGACUGCCGUUGACUCGGAUACAUCCUUUGUCCUUUCUUGUCACCCAUCUCCCUCUGCAAAAGGCACCUGUCUGUGCACCCAUUCCCAGGGUGUGGCCCCUUCUUCCUCUCAACCCUCCAUAACUCAGAGUCCCUGGACCUGGGGCCUGGGUGGGGAUCUGUGCAAUGCUGAUUAAGUCACCAAGAGGUGUUAAUGGCUAAAGAUGUCUAACACACUUGGCCCCUCGAUGACAUAUUUAAUGGGACCUUUACUGCCUUAACCCAAAGAAGUGACUCUGACAAUGAGACUCUAAGAACUUGGUUGGUCUGAGUUUAUAGUACCAGGCACUGUGUCCAACCCUGGGGGUACCAUCCCUGCACACAAGGGCCACAUUUCCCAUCCAAGGUCUCAAAUCUAAUCACUAAGGGGACUCUGCCACCAAAGCAGAAAGCAGCUUUCACAGGGGCUGCUUAGGAUUUGGAGCCAGAUCGGGCGACACCUGGUACAUGUUCAGCCUAAACAAGCCAGACUCAGAGUGAUCCAGCUGCCCUCCCCAGGAUGCUAUGGACACUGGGGGGUUGCCAAUUUAAUCCUAAAGAGGGGAGCAUCUGCUCCCUCGUUAGGUGACAGGUAACCAGUAGGAGGCCUCCAGAAGACUAGGUAGCAUGAGGUCUGCUUUCCUGGUGGGAAACUGAGCCAGGAGGUUGGCAGCCCUUUCCAUGAAGCCCCCAGGGGAAAACCAGCAAAGGAGGAUCCACAACCAGCAGAGAUCCCGUCGGUUUUCUAGGUGUCGGCUCAGCUUAUAGUUUCCAUUUUGAGGUUUUUGAAUAGCAAAAACAUGUUGUGCUCUGAUCUACUUGUCUUUUGCUGUUUUUAAGACAUCGUCAAGUCCUACAUACACAAAGCCAUGGAGCGCAACUCUGGGGCUCCAGAAACCAAUAGAGGACCCCAGCCAGCCGGUGCCUCCUCAAAGGCACUGGGUUGGUCAGCUCAAGCUGCCGCAAGCUACUCAGACUGAGUGGUUUCAAUAACAGAAAUUUACCUCCUCACAUUUCUGGGGGCCAGAAGUCCAUAACCAAAUAAUCCUCUGACCUGGCUACUUCAUAGACCUCUCUGGUGGCCACCUUCUUGCUGUGGCCUAACGUUGUCUUUAUGCCCCUGUACAUCCAAAGUCCUUGCUAGAUCUGAAUUCUCCCAUGUAAGAAUAUCAAUGAGACUAUAAUCCCAGACUUGUGGGAGACGGCCACAGGGAGAUUGCAAGUUCGAGCCCAGCCUGGGCAACUCAGUAACAAAGGCCCUGGGUCCAAUCUCUAGAGCAAAAAGAAGAUCAGAAGUAGAACAAACACAUUUGGAUUACUGGAUUAGGACCCAUCCUGAUUUAUUAGAGGAGUAAUUUCAGUCUAAUUAUUUCUUUAACAGUCCUGUCUCCAAAUAUAAUCACAGUCUGAGGUACUGGGUAGGAAUUAGGGUUUCAAUGAACAAAUUUGAGGGAUGGCACAGAUCAUCACAGAGCAGGCAGUUUGUGUCAUAGCUGGGUGACUCCAUCUAUCUCACAGCGUGGUAUACGGGAAUAAUAAGAGAAGCCAGUUUUUGUUCCAGUUCAGCCACUAACUCACCAUGGACCCUUGGGCAACCCUUUCUACUCUGAGGGACUUGGUGGAAAUUCUCUCCAAGCCCACAGUGCCCACAUAACCACCCAGACCCCUAAUGAUUCAGUUCAUCUGGGUCUCAUAUGCAACCUUUCAGCCCUUGCCUGUAAACCAUGAGCAACUACCGUGCCCCAGCUUCCUACUCCAUGGGCACCCUUGCAAUGACUGUCAUCUCCGUGGCUACCAUUUACAGAGUAACACCUGUGUCCCCCAGGGCAAAGGAAUCGGUCAGCGAGCUUGGAGAUGGUUAGGUAGCAUUUCCAAGCUGGACAGUUGCUUAGAUGUGCAAGGUCAUUCACUCCCACAAUGCACUUUCUCUAAAACAGUCUUUCUCUGUCACUGUGCUGGGCUUGUUUUUGUGUACCUGAAAAAAUAGAAUCUACUUCUAAAUACAAA